UGAAAGGAAGAUCAGUGUCUACUGAAAAGUCUCAGAGAUCGCACGCGAGAUAGUAUUAUUAUUAUUAUUAUUAUUAUUAUUAUUAUUAUUAUUGUUAUUAUAUAAGUUAAAUUUUUAAUUGUUUUGUGUGUUUGUGUGUGUAUAUUUCUCUCUGUGUGUGUGUGUGUGUGUGUGUACGCGCACGCGCGCGCAUGUAUGUAUAUGUGCGUGUGUCUGUUUUAUACCUUAACUAAUAUCAAAGAAAAAUAUCUUCGUUGAUUUUACGAUCCAUCUUCUUUCGAUCGAUACAUCGAUCGAAGAUGACAACUAUUUCUUGGAUUAUCUGCUUGUUCGCAAUGGGAGGAGUUCACGCAGCAAUGAAUCAAGGUUUUACGAACCAUCCGACGGUUGUAAAGGUCUUUAAAAAUGACUCGGUUUUGCUACCCUGUGAUGUGCAAGAUCUCGGGGUGCAAACUAGGGUGAAAUGGUGGGGAAAAGGGAUUCUUUUGGCUGACAGCGAUGAUCCACGUUUGAUGACGCCCGAAAGAAUUCACCUAUGGAAUAACGGUAGCUUACUGAUUUCUAACCUACAGGCAGAAGAUACCGGAGAAUAUGUAUGCCAAGCGUCCCGACCAACUCCUUGGGGAUAUGUUACGCAUGUACACGAUAUCCAAGUUAUGUAUCCACCGAGUAUUCGCCCAGUACCGGAGUCCGGCGAACUGGAAGUCAAUUUAAAAGAGGAAGUCGACAUGGAGUGCAUUGCCAACGGAGUUCCUGCGCCCGUUGUUUCUUGGUGGACUAAGGACGGUGAGAUACCAUUAUUGACAAACAGACCACGUCUAAGAUUUUAUGCAGAUCAUCGUAAUCGUUCAGGGGAAUAUACUUGCAUAGCCAGCAAUGGUAUCGGUGAUUCAGUAUCGGCAACGAUAGAUCUUCGUAUAAAAUAUAAGCCAGAAAUUAUUAUCAAUAAGCCAUGGGUUCAUGCAUCGCCUGGAAUUCGAACCCAAUUGGAUUGCAGAGUUAUUGCUUGGCCAGAGGCUGAGGUUGAGUGGUACUUCAUGAACAAGACGGUAUCCUAUUCAAUGAGAAUAGUGAAACACAGUAUAGGACAUAAUCAUAGUUUAGUAAUAAGGAAUGUGAUAACGAAGGAUUAUGGAUUUUAUUUAUGUAGAGCAUCGAAUUCCUUGGGAAUAACCGAGGCUGCGAUCGAAUUAUCAGGAGUAGCGAAUCCUGCGAUUUUCAAAGAAGCUAAGAGUAUAUCGAAGACUGCGUAUAAUUUCAUUUGGGAGGUUGAUUGCUAUACUCCUAUCGUUGAAUAUCAAUUCUCCUUUCGUCAGUACAGGAAGUACGUUCACGAAGGUUCGUUCAGAGCGAGUACAACUACUACGACACAUAAGUGGCAUAAACUUUACAUACCGAGCGGAAGCAAUGCGAUUGGUCCAGUACAUGCUCGAUCCUUCAAUUUAACAGGAUUGGCUGAAGCUACACACUACGAGGCUUUUGUAGUAUCGAGAAAUCGUUAUGGUUCGAGCAGACCAUCGAAAGUCAUACGAUUUGCUACGGAAGGUGCUCCUCCUGAUGCUGAAGAUUAUUACAAAACGAUCGAUAUAGUACCGGACGAAAAGAUCAACACUGUAAUACAAAUGGCCUCGAUGUCUCAACAAACCAGCACGGAAAACAAUGGAUGCUCUUGUGUGACGAAAGAAAGCACAGCUUUUGUCCUUUCUUUUGCCUUGUUUUUCACGAGUAUGAAAUUAUAGACCGUCCUUUUUUUAAAGGACUAUUUCUGUAAAGAAACUCACCAUCUCGUUACUUCUAUAAAAGGAAAAAAAAAAAGAAAAAGAAAAAGAA